GAUAUCUUUCUGCACGUGGUUGGCUCUCUCUAGGCAUCUGCUAAUUGUUCAGCUACUGUAUUCAAGUUCUAUACAUCGCUUGACGUAACCAACUACAUUUCUGCGUUUGGCUAAGCAGUUUAGCGCUUCUUGAAUUCUGUAGAAGCCGCUCAAAGGUCGUUCUGUAUCGGCUUGUUGCGUGCUCGCUGAAGCUUAGACUGACGUAACCUAGUGUAAUUACGAAAUGGCUGAAGCGUCUGGUGGUGAAGACAAGGCGAAUGGCGUUACUGAGAAAGAACGUUUUGUUACGGAUGCAUCAUUGGUUCUAUCCAGGUUUAAAUCCCGGAAAGAUAUUGUGUUGCAACAACUACAAAACUGUCUUCAAUCUGCAAUCAACGCUGUGAUAUCUGAUCAAGUUCUUUGUGAGGAAGAGCUAAAAGACGUUUCUGGUAUGCUAAAAGUAAUGGAUGAUCCCGAAACGGCAUCAGAAAUUCUUCAUGAUCGUAUUUGCAAGAAGGCCGACAGCGAUCCUAACAUAGUAGUGACAUUUAUAGAGUCUGUUGGCAAAGUAAACUCGAAUAUUUGCAGCCUUCUUCUGUCCUCUCCACAUUUAACUUGGCAACUACUAAAACAGAAACGAGAGUAUCUUGUCCAAACAUUAGACACGAGCGCUGUCAUUGAUGCAUGUUUUGACAAGGGCAUAAUUACACAUGAAGAGAACGGGUUAUUGAUAAAUUACAAGCAGAGGGGUAGGCCUUCCCACUUUGUCGCUGACAAAUUUCUUCAUGUCUUGGAAAAGUUGGAGAAUCAGCAAGUCUCACAGCUAAAGGAAUUUGAAAAGAUUCUCUCGGACAAGCAACCACACCUACUGAAAGAACUGCUGGAAACCAAUCAAAAUCACAGUACAAAUGAUAGUACAUGUACCACUGAGCCUAUUGGCUCUGGUGAAGACUUUGAAUCUCAGUCAUCAGCAACUUGUGUUUCGGCGCAAUCUCCUAUUUCGGGCGAAAAGAGUGGAAAAGGUGCUGGUGACAAUCAACCAAGUUCUCCUUCAGAGACCAACACCACACCUGAUGCACCAAAUGAGACUUCGCAUGGUUCUGCAACUUCUGUUAAAGCUGUACCAAACUUUGCUGAUAACAAUCAACCUAGUCCGACGUCAGACACCAAAUUGCAACCUGCUUCCUCUAAUGAGAAUUUGUCUGCUGAUGCAAUUCCUCUUGUUAAAGAAACACCAAAACAUACAGACCGUGAUUCAGUUGCUGAUAACAGUGAAACCAGUCCGACGUCAGGCAACAAAUCCAAGCCCUGUACGGGUAGGGACAAUUGGUCUGCUGAUGCAAUUCCUCUCAAAGAAGCAUCAAAAUGUAGAGACGCUGAUUCAGAUGAUGAACAUGACAUCCCCAUGAAGACAAGAAGACCAAUUCCAAAAGGUCUAAAUUCUAAAACGUAUCCUCAUGUGUUCAAGCUUGUACUGGUAACUCACGAGGAGACUGAAUCAGGUGUUGCAACAAAACCGGUACUUCAACAGCAAGAAGUGAUACGUUUAUGCCACCAGUUAGCACCCGAAAAGGUAAAAGCAAAAGCUGAUUCAUCAAAGGUAGUACUUAGUGAGCUUGACGAUAUUCAUUUGAAAAUAAUCGGCAUCUACGGCAAUGAUGAAGAAAUUAUGCAUUUCCUUUGUGAAGAUUGCAAUUUUGAAGAAUCAAUUUAUUCUUUAAAAGAAAAUGUGCGAGAAUAUCCUCGCGGUCUAUAUGCAUUUCUUGCUCAACCAAACAUUCUGUUUGUUUUGUUUUUGCAAAGACACUCAACAGCGACAGACUCUGGAAUUGAUAAAAAUUCUGUACGAUUUCUUCGAUACUUACGAGAACUAUCUACCCACAUACACGUGGUUUUCAACUCUAGUCAACUGAAAGAGUUAGAAAGACACGAAAAACAGAAUUACGACGAUGAAGAAGACGAAUCCGACGAAGACGUAGCUUACAGUAAAAGGCUAGCACCGCAAAAGAUGUUGAGCGUCAGCAGCGAUGAUAUGAAGUUGUUGCCAGAGUUUUCGUGCAAUUGCAAUUUAGAGCAAUCCUUUGAUGCAUCAGAGUCAACUGAUUUGCUAGCUUCGUACGGUCACGAUGGAUAUGCCAUUUUUCAAACCGAAACAUCUACGGCAUUCCGACUGCAAUGCAGGCGACCUGCAGAUUUUUACGCAAGCUCAAGUGAAUUCCCUACGAUAGAGUCACCGGAGAUGGUACCUAUUGACCUUUCAUUGACUGGCUCUAAAGAACUAUUGUGUCUUAAUUGCGUUUCUACGCCAACUGAAAGGCGUGUGAUAGCAGUUAUUCGAGAGAGCAAUAAGGACUGUGAUAAAGUUCAUGUAUUUUGUGGCUCUGAGAUAAAUCGUAAGCGACCAAUUCGCACUUUCUCUCAUAUUGUACCAACCGUGUUUGCGUUUUUUAAUAGACUUAUGAGCUGGUACAACAAACAAAAAAAGGAAAUUUGCAUUUUUGAAGUGAUUACCGUUAAUAAGAUAUUGAAAAAUGCAUAUUCUUUUUCAAUUCCACAGAAUUCAAACACAGACGAAAUCAAAUUUCUAGAGUUUAUGAACAAAGAUGGACUUCUCAUUGUUGACUGUCGCAAUCGUGGAAGAAUAGUAGACGUAAAUAGUAAGGAAAUGGUUGCAAAGUUUGAUUUACCGGACGGUCUACUCGACUUGUGCAGCAUCUCAUCGACCCAAUUACUAUGUGCUCACGCAGAUUCGUCUAGUCUCAGUUGCUCCGUUUUGCAAACUAAAGUUUCGGCGGUAUCCACGGUGGGAGCUACUAAGAUAGUCAAGCCAAAUGUUCAUUUGCAAACAUUGAGAAUUAUCAAGUUAGACGGCCACUUCUACUUUACCGCAAUAAAUUCUGACAAUUCCAAGUUAGUAUCGUGGAGAACGAUUACAGCUGAUGACGAACAAACUAAACAAGCUGGAAGAAAGCUUGCUACCCCCGCAGACAUGCUGAAGGGGUUCCAAGCUAUCUAUGACGAAUAUUCUGUACGUCACUGUUACGAAACUGGCGUGCAACCUUUAUCUUUGUCGUUUCCAGUUAAUGGCAGUAGCACGUCUUUUAUUCGCAGAGUCGAAUCGAGCAUUCGAGCACGAAUCGAGGGUUAUUUGAGCAAGACAAAAGAGAACCUGCAGAAGGAAGUAGACAAAAUUGUGCUAAAAGUCGUUGCUUUUAAUGCACGCGAUGCACCAAACUUACAACUGAGUGCUGGAGCCGUAUCUCUUGGGAACUGGAUACGCCAACUCGUUCCCACUGUUCCAGUACAGAUAGCACGAAUUGAGGAUCAUUGUCUUGUACCUGUAAAGACUGACGGAUGUAAACUUGUUGAAAAUGUUGCAACUCUUGAGCAACUGGUUCCAAAGAUGUCGUUUGGUUUGGUUGAAACUCUUUUUGCAGACGCGGCACGAAAACAACUGCCCAUAAAAGUAGUUUCUGCACAAGGAAAGCAAAGCACAGGCAAAAGUUAUUUCCUUAAUCAUCUUGCAGGUGCUCAUUUUGACACCUCUGGAUGGCGAUGUACCGAAGGUAUUUGGAUGUGCGCCAAGAUUUUGCCAGAGUUGCUUUUGGUUCUUCUGGAUUUCGAAGGCCGUAGCACUGAAGAACGGUCGGUUCAGGAGGAUUGUUUACUGGCUAGUUUUGGUGCAGCUUUUAGCUCAGUCGUGAUUAUGAAAAAUGAAAUUCGCAUGGAAAGCAGUGACAUCGAUUUUAUGAGUAAAGCACUCAAAGAAGCAGCGCAGCGUCUUUCUACUGGACAAUCUCAAAGCAACGCGUUUUUCAACGGAACUUUGUGUGUUGUACUAAAAGAUGUAAGUCAUAAUGAUAAGGAGGCGGCAGGCGAAGUGGAAAAGAAAAUUCGGAAUAGUAUGUCUGGUGCAAUUCGAAACCUUUCUCGUGAUGAUUCUGAAAUACUUGACGACACUGACAAACUAAGAAAAGGAAUUUUUGAUGAAUGCUCUGUUAUUUGUCAACGACCAUUGACUCAUAAGCACUUUUCCAAAGGUUUGAAUACAGUGAAAGUAGAAAUUGAUAGGAAGUCACCUAUUUCUAUUCCUCACAGAGAAAUGGUGAUUGCCAUGAAAUCUGUUCUUGCCAGUUUACAUUUGAACGGCGUCGUAAACGCUGAGGACACUUCAUACACUGUUCUAGAAGAUUGCCUUGAUCAACACAUAGAAAAUGCAGUUGCAUUUGGAGCCCUAGAACUUAGCAAUGAUGGUAAUGUCAUUGAAGACCUUACCGCAUUGGAAAGAGAUCGUGCAGUUAUCGAAGACCGUACGGAAUCACAACAUUUGGGUCUCAGAGACGCAGGACUAAAUCUGUGCAUUUGGAUAACGGAGAGGAAAGUCAACAACACUAUGCAAAAGAUUCCGUUUAUAACAGAGCAGCAUCAACAAAAUUUGUUGGAAACAUACCGUAAGAAAAGAAACGAUCGAGACAAGGACGACGAAAAUUGGGUACUGAAUCUGCAAAAAUUCUAUUUAGCUUUGAUUGAAAGACGAAUUAAGAGAGUUACUAAUUGGAUUAACUUAAACCUUCCUAAUGACCGAGCUCUCAAUGAUACACCUAAACGCCGAAAGCAACAAUUUUUGGAGCUAUGCGAUUUACGCUACUUUGAGCCUCUGCGAAGUAUUUGGAAAAUUUGCAAAUCCGUCUGCAGCCAGAAAGAAGCCCCAGAUGCACCAUGUUUACGGUUGUGUAUCAGGCUUAAAGAUUUAUGUCAAUGUGAAGCAAAAGGUUGCGACUGCUGCAACUGUCUCGAGCAGAGUCACUUGUGCCACGAUCCUUGCUUUUACUGUUUACGCGGAAGAGGAUGUAAUUGGAAGAACCCCAAUCGUUGUGGAUUCGGAGCAAAACAUCAAGGCAAUCACAAAUGUAGGGAAGAAGAACACUUGUGUAGUCAACCUUGUUGCAAACGCGAUAUAUCUCAUGGCUGUCGUGAAUUCUGCGAACACAGCAUUGUUGACGAUCACUCUGUUCAUGAAUGUAAAGCUGAACACAAAUGCAGAGAAGAGUGUUCUGCUCCAGAUUGUAGUUACCGUUGUAGUCUUGAUUUGAAUCACGUUGUUACAGAUCGUGACAAAGUACACGACUGCGGCAAGAAGGGCUGCAUAGUACAAUGUUGCAUGGAAGGAUGCAAUUCGAUAUGUCAGAACAGGGACCACUUCCAUGGCCUCGCACACUUGUGUAGCGCAGAGCAUCAUUGCGUUGGACAUCUGUGUUCAGCUGAGGGUGGUCGCUGUAACAAUGAAUUAUGCGGCAAGCUCCCGUGCUCAUUGACAAUAGAAUCAGGAGCAAUAGAGCACGUGGGACGUCACGAUUGCCAAACAGAUCACGUCUGUGAUGAACAAUGUCCAUGUGGAUGCUCAGAGUAUUGCAUUAGAAAGUUGGACAAGAGGCAAGACAAAUCUACCGGUCAACGAGCAUUUUCUGCUCACAGUGGAGCUUGCUCUACUAGUCUGCACACUUUCUCUAAUCGUACGGGAAAAGAAUUUCAAGAAACCUUCAAAAUGUUGUCGCAAAGCGAGCGCAAAGCCAUACAAACAGGUGCUAUAUCAAUGGCAAACGAUGCUGUCAGAGAGCAUCUACACAGGGAGGACCCUACAACGACUGUUAGUGAUACAGAUGAUCAGUUUGGCGGAUUGUGCGACGCUGGUUUAGAACUUUGUAAAUGGUCGCAAGAAGGAUCCGUCAACGUCAAUAAGAGAUUGAUAGUGUUACCAUCGACAGCUGAGUUAUUGAUACGGCACUACACAAACAGUUGCUCUACAAGUAGAAAAGGAAAUGACAAGCUCUGGACUAAAAAAUGUCAAGACUUUAUUUAUUCUGUCAUUGAUCGGAGGAUAACUAGAGUGACGUCUUGGAUUGAGAUCAAUUUUCCUGCUAGAAAACGUCUCAGCAAGAAACUUGUGUUAGCGUUAGAUCGUUUUAUUGAAAGAUACAGAAAGCUUUACUUUUCUGUUUUGAUGAAUGAAUGGGCGCUCUGUAGAAAUGUUUGCCGGCAAAAGACGGGAAACUCUAUGCAAUGUCAACGAGAAUGCUUACGUUUAAAAAGCAUAUGUUCCAAUGACAAAUCCAACUGCCAUUGCCUAGAGGAAAAUCAUAGCUGCGCAGAAAGUUGUGAAAACUGCCUCAAAUCUUUGGGUGGUGUGUCUAGUCCUAAGUUUUGCAAUCUGGGAGCCGAGCACAGUAUCCAUGUUCCACACAGGUGUGAUGCAGUUAGUCACCAAUGUAAAGAGGAUUGCUCAAAAUGGCAAGCACGAAAUUGCAUGAAGAAAUGCAAUAUCAAUUAUGAAACCAAACACGAUCAGCAUCUUUGUAGUGCUGGUAGCAAGCACAAAUGUAAAAGUGUCUGCUCAGGCUGCAGCGACAUUUGUGAUCUCGAGUUUGAGCACGAUCACAGUUUACACAGGUGUGCUAAACUACAUUGCGUUAAGUCUUGUGAAGUAAAGGACUGUGGUAGUCCAUGCUUGGAGGAUCAUUUACAUUUUCUUGAAGAGCCCGAAUCAUCUCAUUUCUGUGGAAAUGAACAUGUUUGUGUUGCUCGUUGCUCUGUAAAUGAAGGACGUUGCGAUAUAACCAAACUUGGUACCGCCCAAUGCUCUGUCCGCAUUCCAUCUAAACAGCGUUCUCACAAAGAAUCUCAUUAUUGCGGACUUGCUCACUACUGUAACCAGAAAUGUUCUUGCUGCAAUGAUCCGUGCAUUAGGGAAUUGAAGAGUCAACAAACCACAACUCAGGAAAUUGUUUUUACGAAACACAUCGGUUUUUGUACUACAGGUAAGCAUACAUUUGCUGACUCAGAAGUAACCGGACUCAAACAGAUUCUGGAUAAAAUGAAAGCUACAGCCACGCAGAUAAUGGCGGUUGGAUUUAAAGAAAUCUCAAACGAUGAGUCUGUAGCUGGUAUUGCAAGAGGAGUUACUAGCGAGCUUCAUCCUGAUUUUUGUGGAGAAAAGUUUCAUGGACAUGGAGAUUCGAGAGAACAAAUAUUUCGUUUGUGUAAUAUUGUAGAAAAACAAGUUGUUACACACCAGUUACUAGUUCCAUUAAUUGAUGCGUUUAAGAAAAAAAGGAAUCGUGACAACGACUCUGAUUCACGAUGGAAAAAAGGCCUAGAAGACUACAUACACAAUAUUCUCGAAGAGCGGAAAGAGAGUGUACAGAAAUGGUAUGAAAAGUCUCUACCCCAAAGUAAGUGCUUAAGCUCAAACCUUGUGAUUACGUCACUGAAUGAAUUCAGAGAGCGUUGCCGGAUUGAGAUAUUUGACCGCAUUCGAGGGCAAUGGAAAUUGUGUUCUCGAAUUUGCUCCAAACGUGAAGAGGACAGUGAAAGAUGUCAAAGAACUUGCAUAAAACUCGCAACUGAAUGUGUUGCUAAUGACACAGAAGAAGGCUGCGACUGCCUCGAAGACGAUCAUCGAUGUAGACAUAACUGUUCACUUUGUGUAAUAGAGUGCGGCGUGCAAAACAAAAGAAGAUCGUCAUUAGAGUCUCGUUGUCGCCUUGGAGCAAGGCACGAUAAUAAGCAGCAUCUGUGCAACAAAACAGAGCAUCCAUGUCCGGAAAAGUGUGCGAAGCUUAUGGCACGCGGUUGCUUAGGAAACUGCUCAUACAAUCUCGAAAACCAUCCAAACUCAUCGCAUCUGUGUAGUUCAGGGUCUAAUCACAAAUGCCCAGCGUUUUGUUCAGCUGAAAAACUUGGAUGCACCAAGCAGUGCGACAGAGAAUUCGAACACCAGCUAACGCAAAACGGCGACUUACAUUUCUGUGGGGAACGACAAUGCGUUCAAACGUGCAGACAUGCUGGAUGCUGGCGUCGCUGUGCAAAUGAAGAUCAUUUACAUGAUCUAAAUAACCGUGAUAGUCAUGUGUGCGAUAAGCAAGAGCACGACUGCGAUAAGACUUGCAACGUGCAAGGUGGUCGCUGUCCAGGUCGCAGAGACGCGUCUGCAAAUCCUUGUGUCGUACCCAUUUACCGUAGUGGUAUAUCACACGAAGGUCCCCAUUUUUGCGGUCAAACUCACCUUUGCGGCAAACGCUGUCCUUGUUGUGAUGCAUAUUGCAGCAAGAGAUUAGUCUCUGUCGAAGAUGUCCGACAACGCAUUACUCAAUUCACAAACCACGAAGGUCUUUGCAAUACCGACGCACACCAAACAGCCAAGAACUUACGCAUCAAGAACUCACUAGGUUAUACCGAAGCUUCCUGUGAAGGAGAAUGGUGUGGAAACGUCUGCAUUCGGCUUGGGAGAGGACAUCUCCAUCUUGUUCCAUGCCAAGAAGAAAAUAUGAUCUGCACUAACCAUCACGAACCAGACGUAAGUGGUCAGAUUUUAGAUCAAGUGCUUCAUUUCAAUUUUUGGGAGCAUUUUGCUCACUUUGAAGAUCCAUGCAGAGACAGAGGCCAACAAAAAAUAUUUAGUAAGUGUCCAAUGUAUUGCUCUUCAAAAACAGAAAGCGAAAUAGAAUUAAACAGCGAAGGCUUUUGCCAGGGGGAACUUUGGCACGCCGACUAUAGUGAAGAUACUGAUGCAGACGGUCAUGUAAUAGGCGGACAUCUGUUUAGUUGUUGUCACUACAAGCACAUAAUUGUAGUAGUAGAUUGUUCAUAUUCCAUGACAUUGAAGAUGGAUACAGAUGAAGGUGUGGAGGCGACGCCAUCCACGUCGCAACUUGCAGCAUGCUCGAAGCGUACUCGUUUGGAUAUGGUAAAACAAUCUCUGUGA